ACAAUCUCACCACAGACCAAAAACAGGUAGAAUCACGAGACAAUUCAUACUUGACAGAUUCUUCUUCGCCAAAACCCUAAACCCUGGUACUGCUCGGCGCUCGCCACAUUAUGGCGACGAACAGUCCGAACCUAGAGUGCCGAAUGUACGAGGCCAAGUAUCCUGAGGUGGACCAAGCAGUAAUGAUACAGGUCAAGAGCAUGGCUGAUAGUGGCGCCUAUGUUUCCCUUCUCGAGUACAAUAACAUUGAAGGAAUGAUCCUUUUCUCCGAGCUCUCUCGCCGUCGAAUUAGGAGUAUCAGUAGUCUCAUUAAAGUUGGCCGAAUCGAGCCCGUUAUGGUUCUUAGGGUUGACCAUGAGAGAGGUUAUAUCGAUCUUAGUAAGCGAAGGGUUUCUGAGGAAGAUAUUCAGGGUUGUGAGGAAAGGUACAAUAAGAGCAAGCUUAUUCAUUCCAUUAUGCGCCACGUUGCUGAAACUAUGAACAUCGAUUUGGAGGACCUUUAUGUCCAUGUUGGUUGGCCUUUAUACAGAAAUUAUGGUCAUGCUAUUGAGGCAUUCAAACUAAUUGUCAAUGAUCCAGAUCCAAUCCUUAAUUCCCUCACCCGUGAAAUUAAAGAAACUGGCCCCGACGGGCAGGAGGUUACUAAGGUGGUUCCUGCUCUAUCAGAGGAAGUUAAAGAUGUAUUAGUCAAGAACAUUAGGAGGAGGAUGACCCCACAACCGUUGAAGAUCCGAGCAGAUAUUGAGAUGAAAUGUUUUCAGUUUGAUGGUGUUAUUCACAUUAAGGAAGCAAUGCGUAAAGCUGAAGCUGCCGGUAAUCAGGAUUGCCCAGUUAAAAUUAAACUUGUUGCGCCUCCAGUAUAUGUGCUGAACGCUCAGACUCUUGACAAGGAGCAAGGUAUAGCUGUCCUCAGCAAAGCAAUUGCCGCUUGCACCCAGGAAAUAGAACGUCAUAAAGGAAAACUUACAGUCAAGGAGGCCCCUCGAGCGGUGAGUGAACGGGAAGAUAAAUUACUUGCUGAACAAAUGGCUAAACUUGGACGUGAAAACGAGGAGAGAAGUGGUGAUGAAGAUAGUGAAGAGGAAGAAGAUACAGGAAUGGGAGAAAUUGAUCUUGAAAAGUCAGGAACUGGAAUAACAGAUUGAAACUGAAGCUUGUUGUGGACUUGAACAGCACUCUGGCAUUUUCGUGCCUAAUUGUCUACUCUUUUCUCUGUCCUUUGUUAAGCCCUUUGCUUAUUUUUGGCCUUUCUCUUUUUAAGCAUUUGAGAUUGUAUACAAAAUCAACCUUGAUGUCAAGUCCUUGCGGCUAUUUGGUAAAAUGCAAAUUUAGCGAUGGAUUGAGCAAUGAUAUGGGUUUACUGUCA